AUGCCUGGUGUCAUCUCCUUCACCAAGAAGUGGCACUCCGAGCCGUACGACUUCAUCUCGCCCACUCGGCCUGAGCUGUCAGCCGCGGGAAAGAACGUCAUUGUCACCGGUGGCGGUACUGGUAUUGGUCUCGCCAUCGCCAAGGCCUUUGCCAAAGCAGGUGCUGCUUCUGUCGCCAUUGUCGGGCGCCGCGAGGACAAGCUCAAGAGCGGCGCGGCCGACAUCUCGGCAGCCGCAGCCAAGGGCACUGAGGUCUUAUAUCAGACGGCGGACCUCUCCGACCUGGAGCGGACCAAGGCCGCGUUCCAGGCCAUCGCCGACAAGGUCGGCAAAAUCGAUGUCCUUGUCGCCAACGCGGGUAGGAUCCCCACGCCGGGUCCGAUUGCAGGCUACGAUGCCGACACACUCGUUCGCGGCGUCACCGACGCCCUCUUGGCUUUGCUCAACUCUUUCCAAGCCUUCCAGCCGCUUGCUGGGCCCGAACCCAUUCUCCUCCACACAUCCAGCUGCAUGGCCAACACUGCCCCGACCCCGGGCAUGGGCGGCUACUCUGUUGCCAAGGCAGCCGCGCUCAAGCUAGCCAACUUCAUCGCGACCGAGAACCCGGGUGUGCGUGUUGUUAAUGUGCAGCCCGGCUGGGUGCCCACCGAAAGCAAUGGAUACCAAAAGGAAGCCCAGGAUACCGCUGACCUUCCCGGACACUUUUAUGUUUGGCUGGCGUCGCCUGAGGCCAACUUCCUGAAGGGCAAGUUUGUCUGGGCCAACUGGGAUGCCCAAGAGCUUCUGGAGAGGGCCGACGAGAUCAUGAACUCGACUCUCCUGAACUGGGUUGUCGACGGAGCGCCCAUGUAA